AUGCGAUUGUCGACUUUCAUUAUACUGCUGCUUGCACUUUUCGGGUGCGUGCCUAAUGCUUCCUGCACUUCACAGUAUUAUAAAAACUCAGAAAUCAUGUAUACAGAGGACUUGGCCGGAGAGGGCCCGUCCUCCUCUCAUCCAGAAACGCAAGCCUACAAUAUAAUGCCAAACGAAAACCCAAAAAACCUAUCGAGUUUUAAUUUGUCGGCUUCUGAUGCGACCGAACAACCCCAAAACACGCAGAAAUGCUCUUGCUGUACAUUCAAACUGUGCUUUUUCCUUUGCUGCUUCUGCCUGGUGUUCGUUGCCGGGGCCAUGUAUCUUGUGUGCUACAAGUAUUUCUCUUAA